CGAGGUGACCAAGACAGAGAUAAGGAGAUUCUAGCGCGGCAUUUCACUAAGAACAAUGGAGUCCAACAAGAAUGGAUCCCCGAGGCCUCAGACUACAGAGUCCUCCCCGUGGUUGUGGUUGCUGAUGCUGGUCACGUUGUUGCAGACGUCAUUGUUUGCCAUGGUUACCGUUUAUCAAUAUGACAACACGGGACUUCUUCAGGAAGCUGACAGGGAACUAGACAACAGAAUCAAAACAUUGCAGGAGGCUCUGACUGUGAAUAACAUGAAAAGGAGUUUACAUGCCCAUAAGAGGGCAGACAAUUUUAUCGCUGAUUUUCUGACAUCACAGGAAAAGAUAAUCGCUCAACACUGUAUAGACAAGAACAAGACCUGUUCAAAAGGAGAACCAGGCGACCCAGCCUUGCCAGGGGUCAAAGGUGAUAAGGGUCAAAUGGGCACGCUCGGUGACCCUGGUUUUCCAGGUUCAGAUGGGGCCAAAGGUCAACCGGGUCUCCGUGGUGAUAAAGGGGAACCAGGAUUAAAGGGUGAGCAGGGUUUAAAGGGAUUGAAAGGUUCCCAUGGAGACAUAGGUCCUCAGGGGCCAAAGGGGGAACAAGGGCCAAGAGGUUCCAAAGGAGAUUCGGGCAUUAAGGGAGAUAAGGGUGAUAUUGGACUGAGAGGAGACCAGGGACAGAAGGGAGAAAAGGGCGCGCAGGGGGAGGCAGGUGACCCCGGGGAUACGGGAGUCCGCGGACAGAAGGGAAACAAGGGGGAUCAAGGUCCCUCGGGACCUCCCGGUCCUGACAGCAGCAAGGAUGGUUGUGUCUGUCUACAAUACCCAACAUUUGACGACCCUACACCAACGACAAAGAUUUAUAUGGCAGUAGGAGAAACUAUAAACAUGCCUUGUAAUGCAACAGGGAGCCCCUCCCCCAGCAUCUCACUCAAGAAGCAGACGACAGUCCCGCGUCGUGGCAGGCGAUCACGUGACAAACGCAACUUCCUGAUUCUGAAUGGACGAUACACCAUUACAAACGCAGUCACAAUGGACUUUGGUACAUACGUCUGUACAGCGACCAAUGGACUGGGAAGCGUUUCAAAACAGAUCGAGAUAGUCAAAGGAGUUGUGCCAAACAUAGCCAAGCAACCUCAGAGUUCUACAAACAACAUCGGCUCGACGGUGCAAUUCCGAUGUGUCAACACCGGGGUCCCAAUUCCGACCGUCACGUGGUACAGAAAUGGAAAGCCGAUAGGUGCAGAUUCACGUCAUCAAUUCUCGAGUAACGGCGAGAUUUUGACGAUAUCAAACUUACAGACAACGGACUCUGGUACAAUUGAGUGUCAGGCGUCAAAUGCUGUAGGGGUCACGACCUCUCGCGAGGCGGUGUUAACGGUUGCUUAACCAUGUUAACAGUGAAUAAAUUGGAU